AUGAAAAUCGCCAAAAGAUUCACAAAAGCCGAGUCUUUACUUCCUCCGUGUUGUCUCCGCGUACACCCCGAUGACCAUUCGCUUGUUUUCAUUGGAACGUAUAAACUAGAGAAGGAGACCGGGAUAAGGAAUGGUUCCAUCGAAAUUCAUCGUCUCGUAAAUCAUGAACUUGUGCACGUGAACUCCAUUGAAACAACACUGGCGAUUUUGGAUUUGAAGUUCAAUCCUCUAGACAGCCUGGUUAUAGUCCUGGCGCACUCUACGGGGGAGCUUAUUAUUUGGACUUUCCAACAGGAAUUGACCCAGCAGAGCAUCCUUCAAAUCACCGACGAUACGAACCUCGUUACCUCUAUCCAAUUUUCGCCACUUGAAGCACUGAAGAUUUUGGCGACACUCACGUCCGGUGAGGUCCUCAUGGUAGACUUGGAGUCAGGGGAGAGCGAGCAGUUUUCAACAACUCAUACAUUGGAGUGCUGGACGGGUGCAUUUGGCGAGACUGGCCCUUCACAGAACGUUGUAUUUACUGGCGGCGAUGAUGCUAGACUAAUUGCACAUGAUUUGAGGACAAUGGGCAAAAUAUGGGCCACAGGUCCCAGACACCACGACGCGGGCGUGGUGCUGAUUCUUUGUCCCGGGCCGAGGUGGUUAAACCACCAGCCAAAUGAACUCUGGACAGGCUCCUAUGACGACAAUUUGCGAGCCUUUGAUUUGAGGAAGCUAGACGGCGACGAAGGCCCCUACCUCUACUCGAGCUUGUUACCUCUUGAAAAACAGAAACAGAAUCUCAAUGGAGGCGUAUGGAGAUUGAUUCCGUCACCGGAUUCCGACGAUGUUUUGGCCUGUUGUAUGUAUGAUGGUGCCCGUGUCCUCAAGCCAAAAGCCGGGGGAGUGGAGGUUCUGAGAUACUUCAAAGGAGACCACGAGAGCAUGUGCUAUGGUGGGGACUGGCAGGACCCGAAAUCCAUCGUGACUUGUUCUUUCUACGACAAUGUGGUACAGAUAUGGCUGCCGCAGGAGGAACAGUAG